AUGGCCAGUACCACAACCACAACCACAACCGCAGCGGGACUGAUCGGUGUUGUUCUUUUGGCUCGCCACGGCGAAAGGACGUCAUACUACCAAAGCCCAACUACAUACAGCUCUACCCAAGCAUAUAUCUCCCCUCUUGGAGAGCAACAAGAAUUUGAACUCGGGAGUUUUCUUCGUAACACGUAUCUCAAUCCCGAUUCGCCGACUUUCAUCCAGAAUACCAGCAUUGACGUAGUAAGAGUCGAUGAGCUGACUGUCCGCGCAGAUGCUGGUGGAGGAAAUGUCAUCCUUAACUCCGCGUAUGCUCUGCUUCAGGGUCUCUACCCUGCCACAAAUAAGUCAGCGAUAACUUUGGGGGAUGGUACAGUCGUCCUUCCUCCUCUUGGGGGAUACCAGUAUGUUCCAGGCAAGUCAUCUUUGGAAUUUUGGCAGGCUCCAUCUCUCACGAGCUGGAUGGAUUGCGAGUAUUUCCAAGAUCACCUGGCCAGAAUUUACGCUUCAUCUGCAUUCAUAAACAUGUCAACCACUGCCGCGCCCUUCCUGACCGCCUUGGAACCUUACUUGGGAAGCGUCAGCAACAACUUCUCGAACAUGUGGAAUAUAUACGACCAUGUCAAUUUCCAGUACACCUAUAACAAGACCUAUUACGAAACCCUACCUCCCACCUUCCUCCAGCAAGCUCGCUAUUACUCUGAUUGGCUCCAACGCAAUGUCUUCACUGAUUCUAAGCAAGAUGGCGUCGGCCAAAUUUCUAUUCGCACACUCCUACCGGAGGUCUUCUGGGCCUUGGGUAACAUGACAAAGACUUCUAACCAAGUCAGGAUGAAUAUUCAGGAAGUCGAUUACAAGCCCUUUAUCAGUCUGUUUAACGUUACGAAUGCCACUGUGACUGACCCCGAUAUUACUGGUACCGUCAACUAUGCUUCUGUCGUUGCCCUUGAAUUGUCGCAGAACUCGCAGGGUCAGCAUGAGGUCAGCAUGAAGUUCAAGAACGGUACUGAGGACAGCCAGUUCCGUCAACUUAAGAUGUUCGGCAACACGAGCAUCACGCUUGACAGUUUUAUUAACCAACUCUCUUGGACUGCAAUCAACUCCACUAACGAAUGGUGCUUCUCCUGCAAUCAGACUAUCCUCCGCGGAUGCUCUGUCUUCAACUACAGUAAAGACCCCUUCUUGCACGGCUAUGGUACCGGUUAUACGGGCUAG